UUUUCUUCCUUUCAUUAGUUUUUAGCACUAAGUCUGCCUGCAUCGAUAAGCAGCUUUAACUUUUAGGGUUAGAAGUGUUUCUUCACCAUUGUCUCACAUUUUCUGUCAUUUUCUGUGGCUCUGGGCUGCAGAGGAUAAACCACAGGUGUCAUGGGGCUGUUUGACAGACUAGCUGGCUGGCUUGGCCUGAAGAAGAAGGAGAUCAAUGUUAUUUGUCUUGGACUGGACAACAGCGGCAAAACUACCAUUAUUAAUAAACUUAAACCAUCACAUGCACAGGCACAAGAUAUUGUUCCAACAAUUGGGUUCAGCAUAGAGAAAUUCAAGACCUCCAGCUUGAGUUUCACUGUGUUUGACAUGUCUGGUCAAGGAAGAUACCGAAAUCUGUGGGAACACUACUACAAGGAAGGACAGGCAAUUAUCUUUGUUAUUGACAGCAGUGACAAGUUAAGGAUGGUGGUUGCCAAAGAAGAGCUUGACACCCUUCUUAAUCAUCCAGACAUCAAACACAGGAGAAUGCCUGUCCUUUUCUUUGCAAAUAAGAGUGACCUCAGGGAUGCCUUAUCAUCAAUAAAAGUUUCUCAGUUACUGUGUCUGGAAGAGAUAAAAGAUAAACCCUGGCAUAUUUGUGCUAGUGACGCACUUAGAGGAGAAGGUUUAGAAGAAGGAGUUGAAUGGCUGCAAGAUCAAAUCCAAGCAAUGAAAGCUUAGGAAAUGAAUAAUGUGACUGACUUCAAGACUAAAAAAAGAAAAAAGGAGCAAGCCUCUUAACUUUUUUGUUGGUAUUAUACAGGCUGUAUGUUUAAAGAAUUCAGGGAAUAAUUUUAAUCUGUGCAAUAUCUACCAGCACUUUCAGACUGUACUAGAAGAUAAUUUCAGUCUAGCCAGGAAAAGUGUUGCAUCUUGGUUACAAAUAGGUUGUCCACUCUUAGAUAGCUAAGAAUUACUGUUUGGGCGAUUUCAGAUUUCCUUUGAAACACCUAACAUUAGUGAGGUUAAAGUAAUUUAUUUAUAAGGGGAUCAACUUAUUUUCAUAUGUGAGACUAUACUGGCAUGAAAAAGCAAAUAUUGUAACCACAGAAAACUUACACUGAAAAAGCAAAUAUUGACUAAGCAGGAAUUACUUUUGAAUUGCUUUUUUUUUCUUAUUUUAUAUUUGUAUUUUACAGCAGCCUUGGUCUGUGACUCCAAAUGUUAAUGUACUAUAAAAGAUCCAUUUUAGCGGAAAACAAAUAAAUGCUCUUGUGCCAUA